UCCCCAUAUCCUCUGACACAGCAGGAAAUAGCCACCAUAUAGAAGAGCCCCCACCCAACUCCAUCCCACUUCAAACCCCACCUCCAGGUCCUGCCACAGGUGAGAAGAGAAAUCUGAGGAAUUCCCUAUACCCUCCCCUUCCUCUAAGACAACACCUGCAAGGAUGGGACCUAUUUGCCCACUGGCACUGCUUUGCCUGUUGGUGGGGCUUCUGUGCCCCCCCAACCCUGCCCAGGUGGAGGCGCAGUCGGUGUUGACUGACCAUGAAAUCGAGGAGUUCUUGAAAGGCUUCCUGGGGGAGGUUGAGGAGGAAGACACAGAAGGUCGGGAGGCUGAGAAAGUAGCCUUGGGCGAGGAGCUUCCCGAAAACCAAGGAAGACUGGACCCUGCAGAAAGGGGCAUAGCCCCCACGGAACUGGAAGAAGCGACACGGGAGCCAGUGAGGCAGAAGCCCAAGAAAGGGAAAAAGGAGAAAGUGCCCAAACCAACCAAGAAGCCUAAAGAGAGGCCUCCCAAGGGUCCUAAGAAGGAGAAGCCCCCCAAGCCCACCAAAAAGCCAAAGGAGAAGCGUCCAAAGGCAACCAAAAAACCCAAAGAGAAAUCUCCCAAAGCCACCAAGAAACCAUCAGGAGGAAAGAGAACAGAGAAGCCUUCUCCCCCAAUCCAACCAUAUGAGGAAGAGGAGAGGUACCACUUCUCCGAAACGCCAUUGAUCCCACCACCAGCCAGGGAGGAAGAUGGCUAUGGAGUGCCCGAUUCAUCUCGAUUUCACUCUCCCUAUGGGAGGGAAGAUGAGCAUUCUCGAGUGAAUGAAGAAGGCGGGGAAUCAAUUUUCCCAGAUGAGCCAACGGAACCACGAUGGGAUGAGAAACAGGAUCCAACUAGGCAUCACACUGACUUCUAUGAACCCCCAACUGACCCACAAGAGCCUGGAAAAGAUAAUUGGAGCCACGAGAGCCGGCCAGAGACUCCUGGAGAGGUUGAGCCGCCCACUCUGGACUACAAUGAGCAGAUUGAGCGGGAAGACUACGAGGACUUUGAAUACGUCCGACGUCAGCACAAACCCAGCAAACCACCUAAAAAAAAGAAACCUGAGAGACCGAGGUUGGAGACGGAGGAGGAGAAACCAAUAGAGAAGCCUGAGGAGCCGCCCACCCCCCCUUUCGAGAGUCAUUACGAAGAUGGGCUAGAGCUGCCAGAUUAUGGAGAUGCGGAUUAUGGUCUUCCACCCCAGAAACCCAAAAAAUUCCCCACCAAAAAAGAGGAGGAAGAUGAGAUGGAGACAGAUGAAGAGAAACUCAAACCAAAGAAGCCGAAAAAGGGUGCCGGCAGCAGCAAGGAAGAGGAGGAGGACGGGGAUGCAGAGGAAGACAAAUGGACAGAGGAGAAAAGCAAAGAACGGAAAGGGAAGCCAAAGAAAACAGGAGGGAAAAAAUGGGAGACAGAUGAGGACGAGUGGACUCCAGAAGAAAAAAUAAAAUGCCCUCCUAUUGGGAUGGAAUCCCAUCGAAUUGAAGACGAUCAGAUUUUAUCUUCCUCCAUGCUGCGUCAUGGCUUAGCAGCCCACCGUGGGCGCCUUAACAUGCAGGCAGGAUUGAACGAGGAUGAUUUUUUUGAUGGCGCUUGGUGUGCAGAAGACGACGGCCGUGUACAGUGGAUUCAGGUGGACACCAGGAGAACUACCAAGUUUACAGGAGUCAUAACCCAGGGCCGUGAUUCUCUCAUCCACGAUGACUUUGUCACCACCUUCCACGUGGGCUUCAGCAAUGACAGCAUGAACUGGCUCAUAUACAGCAAUGGAUACGAGGAAAUGCUUUUCUAUGGAAAUGUUGACAAGGACACACCAGUGAUGACUGAAUUUCCAGAGCCAAAGGUUGCCCGCUUCAUUCGCAUCUUCCCACUAACUUGGAACGGUAGUCUUUGCAUGAGGCUGGAAGUUCUGGGCUGCCCUCUCUCAAGCAUCCACAGCUAUUACAGCCUGCAGAACGAAGUGAUGACAUCAGUAGACAACCUGGACUUCCGCCAUCACAACUACAAGGACAUGAGACAGCUUAUGAAGGUGGUGAAUGAAGAAUGUCCCUCCAUUACCCGCAUCUACAACAUUGGCAAGAGUUCCCGAGGACUUAAGAUCUACGCCAUGGAGAUCUCUGACAAUCCAGGAGAGCAUGAGCUAGGAGAGCCAGAGUUCCGCUACACGGCGGGAAUCCACGGCAAUGAAGUGCUGGGUCGGGAGCUGCUGCUCAUGCUGAUGCAGUUUAUGUGCAAGGAAUACAAGGAUGGGAACCCUCGUGUGCGGAACCUGGUGACGGAGACCCGCAUUCACCUUGUCCCCUCACUCAACCCCGAUGGCUAUGAGAUUGCCAGCCAAAUGGGCUCUGAGAUGGGGAACUGGGCCCUGGGGCACUGGAGUGAGGAAGGGUAUGAUAUCUUCGAGAACUUCCCUGAUCUCAACAGCGUCCUCUGGGCUGCAGAAGAGAGGAAAUGGGUACCGCACAAAGUCCCCAACCACCAUAUCCCCAUCCCAGAGCACUAUCUCGCAGAGGACACUGCAAUGGCAGUGGAGGUGAAAGCCAUCAUGGCCUGGAUGGAAAAGAACCCUUUUGUCCUUGGCGCCAACUUCCACGGUGGGGAGAAGCUCGUCUCCUAUCCCUAUGACAUGGCUCGCCCUGUCAACGAGAACGAAGUGGCUCCUCCAGUGCUGGAUGAUUACGAAGAGGGGAACCCGGAAACAAGGGAGACUCCGGACCACGCCAUCUUCCGCUGGCUGGCGAUUUCCUAUGCUUCGGCCCACCUCAGCAUGACCGAUACCUUCCGAGGAGGUUGCCAUUCUCAGGAUAUGACCAACGGGAUGGGGAUCGUCAACGGCGCCAAGUGGCACCCUCGGGUGGGCACCAUGAAUGAUUUCAGCUACCUCCACACCAACUGCCUGGAGCUGUCCAUCUACCCAGGGUGUGACAAGUUCCCCCAUGAAAGUGAAUUGCCACAAGAGUGGGAAAACAACAAGGAAUCAUUGCUGACAUUCAUGGAACAGAUACAUCGGGGCCUUAAGGGGACAGUGACAGACCAGCAGGGAGACCCCAUUGCAAAUGCCUCCAUCUCUGUUGGGGGGAUCAACCAUGACGUGCAAACAGCAAGUGGUGGGGAUUACUGGCGCAUCCUGAACCCAGGCGAAUACCGCGUGACAGCCAGAGCGGAGGGCUACAACCCCAGCGCCAAAACCUGCAGCGUCUUUUACGACAUCGGAGCCACCCAGUGCAACUUCAUCCUGUCGCGGUCCAAUUGGAAGCGCAUCCGAGAGAUCAUGGCCAUGAACGGGAACAGGCCCCUCGGAAGACCUGUGCCGGGGGGGCGGCCCAUGACCCAAAGGGAGCGCCUGCGCUGGAGGAUGAGGAUGCGGCAGAGAGCUCGCCUGCGCCAGCAGAUGCGCAACCGCCUGCGCAACACAGCCACGAGCGCUCCUCCCACGACACUCCCAACCACAGAGGUCCCCUUCUUGUUCAGCAGCACCACGCUCCCGCCUUGGAGCCGAGAGCCGCCCACUACCGAAACUGCCACCACCUGGGAAACGGAAGUCUACACGGAAACUGUGACUGAGUGGGAGACAGUAGCUGAUGGCAUAACAGAGAAGGAGACCUGGGAGGAGACCACGGGCACCGCUUUCCCCAUGACUACGGCAGAGACGUACACCGUGAACUUUGGUGAUUAGCUGCAGCCAUGCUAUGACUGUAGGCCAGGAACACUCUGAAGACAUUCCCAAAGCUUCUCUUCACUCCCAUUUUCCCUGGAGCAGAUGCCUAUAGUUGGAUUAUCAUAGUACAGUAGGCAUCACCACCUGCUUUUAGAAUCCACUGAGAAAUCCACCUAGCAGGCUAUGCCAGCCUUAGCAUUUACACCCAGGGCCAGGGAACCAGUGGCUCUGCAGAUGGUUGCUGGACAGCAUCUCCCAUCAUUCCUGACUACUGGGCUGUGCUGCCUGAGACUGAUGGGAGCUGCAUCCCAUUAUAUCGUCUCGAGGGUCACAGGUUCACCAUUCCUGCCUUUCGCCACUUCUCAAGACGCACAUCUCGAGGGUUAACAACUCUGCUUGCUUUAAAGGGGUAUCGGUCCAAUCCUACAGCAACCUAACAUUUGCCACAUGGGAAACGGAGGUGAGUAGCUGAGCUGGACUCUGAAACAGAAAAUGGGCCGAGAACAGAAUCCUCUCCCCCUGUCUGAUUACGUGAAGCUCAUCUGUGUUGGGUGUUCUUUCAUCCACCCCACUUUUGCCCUGAACAGUACUCUUUGUAGCAAGGGUGGCCAAGGCCAUGCUGGCUGGGGCAGAUGGGAAUUGGGAUACAACCACUUCUAGGGGGAACUAUUUUAGCUAUCCCAGUUUAAAAGCGUGGCAUGAGUUUUGAGGAAUAGGGAGGGAAUGAACGCAAACCUGGCCAACAUCCAGCGACCCAGAAUUCCAUGCUCCCUGCCCUGAAUGCAUUAGGAGAAUUAAAAAAAAAAAUUAAGUGGCGUUAUGGAUCUUCAGAUUUAUACCCUUAGCCACAAUUUAGUACACAGUUGCAUAUGCACUUGCCUCUUUAAAAAAAAAUCUGUAGGUUGCAAGUAUCCUAUCACUGUGCUGGAUCAUAGCCUUUAUUUUUGGAAAAGGGUGUGUGCAGAAUUCAGAAGACUUGUUCCAGCUUUGGAACAAUAUUCUUACAAUAUUUGAGUGAGGGGUGUUGACAGAUGUGGAACUUGAGGCUCAAAGUACAUCGUGCCAGCCAAGCUUAAACAUUUCUGAUACUUUAACUCCCCUGCCCAAGGCUUUCUUCUGCGUAAGGGCUGGAAUCUUCGUAGCUUUCAAAGCAAUGUCCAAGAUUCCAUGGGAGCUACCAGAUUCUUUAUUAAAAGGUACAGUCUGAUCUUCUUCUAACAGUUAUUCCAGCUACAGUUUCUCACCCCGUAGUGGGGAACAUGUGGCCUUCCAGCUGCUGCUGGACUCCAACUCCCAUCAGCCCCAGCCAGGAUAGUGGUGAGGAAUGAUGGGACUUGGUAUCCCAACAACAGCUACAGAGAUGUACGUUCCCCCACCCUGAUCUAACCAAAGUUGCAGUUUUCCCAUUAAUAAGCCUGUCAAUUUCAGCAGCCAAGGGAGGGGAAAUGGAAAUUCGCCAAGUUCACCAAUACCGGGCACCCAGGCCACAGCUGCCCAGGAGGCAGGUCCAGUGCCACUUUGAUCUCCUUUGGCUUUCCAACAGUUCUUGUUAUAUGAAUAAAGUGAGUUAUAUAUAAAAAGGAA